AUGAAUGAAUUUAGUUGUGACUUUGGAAACAUUAUCACUUUGAAUGUGAAACAUAAAUUUGCAGGUCAACAAAGGAACUUAAGUUCUAUGAAAGCUCAUGACAUGCGUCGCCUUGCUAGAUUUUUCUCUACUGUUGACAUUGAUAUCCCUCUAGGUGGUGACGGUCACCCCAGUGGAGCUGGGCUUUAUUUUGCAAAAUUGGUGAUAGGAAAUCCGGCAGAAGAAUAUCAUGUGCAAGUUGACACUGGAAGUGACAUUCUAUGGUUGAAUUGUGUUGGCUGUGACAAGUGCCCCAAAGAGAGUAGCCUUGGUGUACAACAAAAACUAUAUGAUCCAAAAAAGUCAUCAAGUUCAAAAUUGGUUUAUUGUGGAGAUGAAUUCUGCUCAGCGGCACAUGAUGGGAAACUGGAAAAUUGUAAGAAUGAUAGACAGUGUGAAUACUACAUUGUUUAUGGUGAUGGCACCGGAAAUGGUGGAUACUUCGUCAGGGACACCAUUCAGCUUCAACAAGUCACUGGGAACCUUCAAACUGCCCCUACAAAUGGGACUAUCGUUUUCGGGUGCGGUUCCAAGCGAUCCGGGGACUUAAGUACAUCAAGUGAAGCAGUUAAUGGAAUCAUUGGAUUCGGACAAGCAAAUUCAUCUGUGAUUUCACAGUUAGCUGCAGAUGGAAAAGUGAAAAACAAAUUUGCACAUUGUUUGGAUAAUGUGGAUGGAGGUGGAAUCUUUGCAAUUGGUGAAGUCAUUGCACCACAUAUAAAUAAAACUCGUAUGAUUCGUAAACAGUCGCAUUACAAAAUUACAACGAAGGCAGUAGAAAUUGGAGACACCAUAAUAGAACUUGAAACAAGUUUUUUCGGAAGUGCUGAUGAAAAUGCAGCAAUAAUUGAUAGUGGCACAACCUUAUCAUAUCUUCCCACUAAAAUUCAUACACAAGUAGUCGAAAAGAUUACCUCCGGAAAGUCAUUGGAAAUGGAAAAAGUAAGCAACCAAUUUUCUUGCUUCAAGUAUGAGAAAAAUGUUGACGAUGAAUUUCCGGUCAUAAAGUUCCAUUUUAAAGGUUCUUUCGUCUUAACCGUUUAUCCACAUGAUUAUCUAUUCAAAUAUCGUGAUGAUAUGCGGUGUAUCGGCUGGCAGGAUAAUGGAUCCAAAGAGGAUGAAGAAGAUAUAAUUAUUUUGGGAGAUUUUGUGCUUUCAAAUAAGUUGGUUAUAUAUGAUAUCGAAAACCAGACUAUUGGAUGGACGGAAUACAAUUGCUCUUCAUUCGUGAAGGUGAAGGAUGAAAAGGCAGGGACAGAGUACAUGGUUGGUCCCCAUAUUGUUAGUUCAGCAUCAAGUUUUACUGUGCAAGCAAUUCUAAUAUUACUGUCCAUAUUUAUUUAUUUGAUGCACUUUCCCAUAGCUUAA